ACAAAUGCAAGAACUCUGCUCUGACACAUAAGGAGGCCAAACUCAUGGCAGAUAAAAUGGAAGCACUCUUACUCCUGCUCAUGCUCUUCACAGUACCUGGAUAUUCAUAUGUUCUGCAGCCAAAAUCGACCAUGACACAGAUCUCUGGGCUGGACAGACACCACCAGUCUGAGUUGAGGGGCAUUUUUAUAUCGCCAGAGGAGAGAGGAAACGGGGGAAAGGGGGAACAGAGGAGUGAAGAAGCGAGUCCAGAGACAAACCCCGUGAGGACGCCUGUCGAGAGGGAAACGCCUGUGGAGGAGAGAGGAGAAGAUGGGCUGAAAAUGGACAGAUACCAUGGAUAUGAGAAAGUAAUCCAGGAGAGGCAGAAUGCCCCAAAGUCAAACCCCAAAAACUGGUUACAAAUGAAAAGUCAUAACACAGGGACACAAGAAAAAGAUUCAUAUGAUAACACAGAUGUGAAAUUUAAGCAAAUGGAGAAGCUGAGACAAGAAAUGGUUGAAGAGGAGAGAAAAAGCAGGCUGGUUGCAGGGAUUAGUGAUUAUUAUGACAGAAGAGGAGACGCUCCUGAGGAUGAAAAGAUAAUUACAGCAGAGAAAGGAGGAAACGAGGAAAGAGAAGAACAGGGGGAGGACAUUAAUAAUGCAAAGGAUGAUGAAUGGAAGGAAAGACAAAGGGAAGAUCACAUACUAGUUCCUCUGUUAAGAACAGCCCCUGCACAAGUGGAAUCAGUGUCUGCAGCAAUUAACACUCUGACUCAAAUUCCUCCUCGUCGUAAUCAUCAUAAUCUCUCUCCACUAUUUCCGGUUACACCCACACUGGUUCCUCCUCUCUCUUCUCUCCCUUCCACCCCUUGCGCAAAAGCUAGUCCCCAAAUCUUUCCUGCUGACGUCUUUAUUCACAAUCCCUCGGCCUCUGUGGUCCCUGGCGAGGUGAGGUUUGUCUCGCCGGUUGAAGAUCUCCUCUUUGAGGAGAUAAUAACUCCUGGAUAUCAUCUCAAGCAGAAUCAGGAAGUGAAGGCUGGUCCAAAUGUAGAGGAUAAAACGGAAAAACAUGUGUGGCCAGAACCUGCACAGAAGGAAGCACAAGAAAUACACACUGUCGUUCAACCAGAGAGUGAAAUUACUCCCAGUGUGCAAGAAGCAACACCGAAACCCAAGGAAGCAGAGUUUAUAACCAGAGAUCUAAGCACAAAAGAACCGGAUCCUACACCAAAGGCAAAUGAAAACAUAUCCACAGCUGAACUGGUCAACUUUACACAUAAACCAAACAUGACACAGGCCACAGGCAAACCAGGAUCAGAUAAACUGACGGAAAAUGACACCAAACUCGCAGUGAAGCAAAAUAAAUCGUCUCUUUCCAGACCACCAGUUGCCGAACCUUCAGCCAGACCACAGCUGGCAAAUGCCAGGACACCUUCGACGAGGCCAAAGAAAAUCAACAGAAGCAGCAAAAAUAAGACGGUUAGAAAGUCCAAGGACAAAAAAAGAAAAAACAAUAAGUCCAACAAAAACCCAUCUGAGAGGAAGAAGAAGGUCACAGCGCCAACGCCCUUUCCUUACUUUUUAGAUAACUACUGUCCACCUGAGUGUGCCUGCUAUGGAAGAGUGGUUCAGUGCUCAGAUAAAGGUGUGGACAAAGUUCCUUACGGCAUUCCCUAUAACGCCCGCUACGUCCUCCUCAUGAAUAACCACAUCGACAGCAUCCAGUUGGACCUUCUCAAAGAAUACGUCUCGAUGGAGUUCCUUGUGUUGAGCAACAAUCGGCUCACGGACGGCGCCGUAGAAGGCGCGUUCGAGGGAAUCCCAGCUCUGAAACGCCUCUAUCUGGACAGGAACCUCCUAGAAAGCAUUCCAACAGACCUUCCAUUUUCUCUUGAGGAGCUCCGUCUGGACAAUAACCAUGUUGGGGUGAUGUCUGAGGACGCCUGGGCCCGCUGCCCCGGCCUCUUGGUUGUGAGCCUCAGCAACAACAGCCUGGGGAACGGAUCUGACUCUCUUGCUAAGGCAGUGCUCUCUCCUCUGUCCAACCUGCGCACUCUGAACCUGAAUCACAACCAGCUGACAUUGGUCCCCAUGGGUUUACCGCUGUCCAUCAAGGAGCUGUAUCUCAAGGGGAAUCUCAUUGAGCAGUUCCGGGCAGGAGCCUUCAAUGGAAUAUCAGAGCUGGUGGUGUUGGAUCUGAGUGCAAACAGAUUGACAAACAAAGGUCUUCUCAGGGAGUCCCUCCUAAACACAACUCACCUGGAAAGCCUCAACCUGGAAGGGAACCGACUCAAGCAGGUGCCACGUCACCUUCCCCGCUCACUCAAAACUCUGAAUCUGGAGGGAAACCUCAUAUCUUCCAUAAAGAAAGCCGCUUUCAGCACCGUGAGAAACCUGGAACACCUGGGAUUGGCUCGGAACAAGAUCUUCAAAGUUGCAAUAGGUGCUUUCAGGAUGUUGGCUGUCCUGCACCAGUUAGACCUGUGCCACAACACCUUGCGCCAAGUGCCCAGACAGCUGCCGCAGGGUUUGCACUCGGUCGCACUGACACACAACAAGAUUCAGUCUGUGCCCCGUGACGCUUUCUGCUGGGGCAAUAAAAGUCUGAGUCCCAGCAGGCUCGUACAAGUGCAGCUGGAACACAACUUAUUUGACAUGGGCAAGUUGGAUGCACAGGCUUUUAGAUGUUUACGUGGAUUCCAGGUGGUGCACUUCUACUGAGCCACUGACAGAUGCAAGAUACACAAGAGGAUUAUAAAAACACUUCGAUUUACACCUGUACUUUUCAAGCUUUAUCCCUUUCAUGUGCCAGAUACCAAUGAAACUUAC